GCUGGGGAUUGUAGUUUCAUCUUUCGUGGCCAGCGUCUACCUCUACCACGUAGAAAAAAUACACAAUGUUUACGGCACGGCGCCUUAACUUGGGUCUAAUUGUGUGUGUCUUGUUCAUCUACACCUUGACCAGUGUCCAGUCGGCGCCAGCGAAAAAAAAAUCGGCACCCACGACAAAAGCACCAUCAAAGAAAGCACCACCGACUACGAAAGCACCGAAGACCACAAAGCCACCACCUACCCCAAAGCCGCCCAAGACGAGGAAACUACCCAAGGCAACGAAACCGCCUCAGCCAACACCACCACCUACAACCACUGCACCACUACCUGACUGUAAGGAUAUCGUCUGUCUGGCUGUUACCUGCGCUAACCCUGUCCUGAAUGUAGGCGAAUGCUGCCCGACCUGUCCAGCAACCAGCUGCGACGUGUUUGGCGAGACCAUCCCUGUGGGCGAGACUCGAAACUUUGCAGACGGCAUGUACUGUGGAUGUGAGGCAGACGGCUCAGCGUGGUGUGUCGCCUGAGAAGUUGAAGAAACAACAAACAUGUCGCGCUGAAAUAAAA